CUUACCUACGAUAAAGUAAUCGAUUUAUGGCAAAAAAACGGGCCUGUGGCUGCGAAACUCUUAACGUGGGUUAGAAAUCAACAAGAUGGCGAUGAAGUAUUUUUUCGUGAUGACUGGGAUGGCUUUAUAACCAUUAACAAGAGUCAAACUUUAACACUGCGGUUACCGGGUGGCGGACAAACUUUAGUGAUCGAGACUGACUACGUUGAAGAAUAUCCCAUUGAAGAAGACUCAAAGAUAACAAUGGUCCACAUAACAAGUGAAGAUUUACAAUUGGAUGUUACGUUCAAGGAGUUUCACUGCUGGUCUUCAGUUUCAUUUCACGACGAUUAUGGUCAGCCCAAAUACUUGGAUUGUGUGGAUUUAGAUGACGAUGUACAUUUAUCGAAAUACGAUGCCAAAUUUGCACCAUUAAGACCAGUAAUUCAUAUUCUUCAAAAAGAACUUGGCGAGACUGUUCCUCCAAUAACAAACUAUUUCUUUAUUUGGCUUUGUUACUUUUUCCCUGACAAAUUAAACUUGCAUGAAGAACAUAAACUCAUCUUUAAAGAUGCUGCAAGCAACAGAAAGCCCAUGUAUGCCUCUAUUCAGCCUUCCCUGGAUGAAUACCAAAGGCUUCAACAGUUCGAAACCACCUUCAGGAAGCUGUUC